UUUAGAAAUGUUUAAAAAAGAGUUCAAAACUGAUCAUUUUGCUUUUAAUAAUAGUUUAAAAAGACAUUUUUUAAGAGGGGGAGAAAAACGCUGCUAUGUCACUUUGUGAGAGAAUGGGUCAAAUGUUUCAUUUCUUGGUACGAAAUUUCAAACUUAGAAGUCUUUUUGAAAACCAUUUAUUAAUCAAUCAAUCUAAAGUCGUUCAGUCUUUCACUGAUUCUCUUAAUGUUCAAUCCUUCUUCUUCAUCAUCUUCCUUUGUUCUUUCAAAAUCAAAGCAGCUCAAAUAUCUUCCAUGAUUCCACCAACUCUUUCUCUUCUCCUCUUCCUAACUUCCAUCCUUGCUCAAACCAACGCAACUCAAAUCCCCACUGGCAGCUCUCUAAUCGCCGACAACUCUUCCGUUCAACCAUGGCUUUCUCCUUCAAACCAUUUUGCGUUUGGAUUCCAAAACCUCGAUAACGAUAACCGUUAUCUUCUCGCAAUUUGGUUUUACAAAGUGCCUGAAAACAACAUCGUUUGGUUUGCAAAAUCCGACGACAACAACCCUGUUUUCGCUCCAAAAGGAUCCAAGAUUCAGCUCACUGCUUCAACCGGAUUGGUUCUUCGAAACCCUAACGGUGAAGAAAUUUGGAAAUCGAAGCCUAUUACAUCCUCUAUUUCGUUUGCUACUUUGAAUGAUACGGGUAAUUUCAUGCUUGUGGAUUCAAUCAAUGGAUCAAUUUGGGAGAGCUUCUCAUAUCCAACAGAUACAUUGCUUCCUUCGCAGAAAUUGGAAGUAGGAGGUGUUCUUUCUUCUCGUAAAUCGCUAGGUAAUUUCUUGCUUGGAAAAUUUCAGUUCCGUUUGCUUGGAGAUGGAAAUGCUGUUCUAAACACCAUAAAUUUACCCUAUGGUUAUCACUAUGAUGCAUAUUAUAUUAGCAAUACUUUUGAUCCUGCUAGUACUCAGAAUUCUGGUAGUGAAGUGAUUUUUCAUGAAUUUGGAUUUUUGUAUGUGCUGAAAAGAAAUGGAGUACAAGUUAAUAUUACACAGUUUAGUGUUGGUAAUCCUGUUGAGGCUUAUUAUUACAAAGCCACCAUGAAUUUUGAUGGAGUUUUGACUGUAAGUUCUUAUCCCAAGAACACUAAUGGAGUAGUUGCUAAUGGAAGGUGGAAAGAUUUGUUUAGAAUACCUGAUAAUAUCUGUCUUUCUAUCGAGAAUCCCAUUGGAAGUCUUGGUUCUGGAAUCUGUGGAUUUAACAGUAUUUGCUCGUUGAAAUCUAAUGGAAGGCCGAGUUGUAAUUGUGCACAAGGGUAUUCUUUUGUUGAUUCGAACGAUGAAUUUGGUAAUUGUAAACCAUUUAUUGCACAGGGUUGUGAAGACGAAGAUGACAAAUUCAACCAGAAUCUGUAUGAAAUGGUGGAUCUUCAAAACACUAAUUGGCCAAUGUAUGAUUAUGAGCGUUUUCCCACCAUGAAUGAACAAACUUGCAAAAGUUCUUGCUUGGAAGAUUGCUUUUGUGUAUUAGCAGUGUUUGGAGGUAGAGACUGUUGGAAGAAAAGGCUACCACUCUCCAAUGGAAGACAAGAUGCAAGUAUUACAUCUGUUUCUUUCCUUAAAUUAAGAAAAAAUGUCUCUCUUGAGAGUUUCCCAAAUGGUGGUGGAGCACCAAAGAAACAAACCACAACAAUUCUAGUCAUCUCUGUACUCUUUGGUAGCUCUGUUCUUAUGAUCUUCAUAUUAUUGUGUUUCUUUGUCUUGAAAAGAGAGAUAUUAGGUAAAACUUGCGCAAAGAAUUUCUCUUCGGAAUGUAAUCUGAUCAGUUUUGCAUAUAUGGAUAUUUACAAAGCAACAAAUGGUUUCAAGGAAGAACUAGGAAGGGGAUCUUGUGGGAUUGUUUACAAAGGAACAACAGAAGUAGGUGAUAUUGCUGUCAAGAAAUUGGACAGAAUGUUUGAAGCAGAAAGAGAGAAGGAGUUCAGAACUGAAGUGAAUGUAAUUGGCCAAACACACCACAAAAAUUUGGUUCGUCUACUCGGAUAUUGCGAUGAGGGUAACAACCGAAUGCUCGUUUACCAAUUCAUGAGUAACGGCUCAUUAUCUACUUUCCUCUUCAAUAAUGAUCUCAAACCAAGUUGGAAGCUUAGAACUCAAAUAGCCUACGAAAUCGCCAGAGGACUCUUGUAUCUACAUGAAGAAUGUGGCUCACACAUCAUUCACUGUGAUAUAAAGCCUCAAAACAUACUUCUCGACGACGAUUGCAACGCCAAGAUCUCUGAUUUCGGGUUGGCAAAAUUGUUAAAGAUGGAUCAAAGUAGAACCGAAACUGGCAUAAGAGGAACAAAAGGGUAUGUGGCUCCAGAUUGGUUCAGAUCUUCGCCGAUAAAUGCCAAGGUCGACGUGUACAGCUAUGGAGUGUUGUUGCUAGAGAUCAUAUGUUGUAGAAGGAAUGUGGAGAUGGAAGUUGGUGAUGGUGCUCAAGGAGAGAGAGAGGUUUUGACUGAUUGGGCUUAUGAUUGCUAUGAACAAGGAAGGUUGGAUGUUUUAAUUGAAGGAGAUAUGGAGGCCAUAGAUGACAUUGUUAGAGUUGAAAGAUUUUUAAAAGUAGCAAUUUGGUGCAUUCAAGAAGAGCCAUCUAAAAGACCAACCAUGGAGAAUGUUAUGUUAAUGCUUGCAGGGAAUUUAGAGGUUUCUCUUCCUCCAUGUCCUCACUACCCAUUUAGCUCCAUUGUUUGAAAGGCUUAUAUGAUUUGUAUUUUUAAAAAGACAAAUACUUUGUCAUAAUUCAUUGAUUUAAUGAUGAACAACAAUAAAUUCCUACCA